AUGACUUUCUUGAAUUUAUGGUCGGAUACGGAGGAGAAUGACAUAAGUGAGAAGAAACAGUUUGAAGGGAAUUUUACUGGCUUGCUUUACGCAGCCGCGUUCAACCGCGUGCAGUGCGUGGAAGUGCUGCUGGAUCACGGAGCGGACCUGCACCACGUCGGCCCCUACGGCAGCACGGCGCUGCACUGGGCGGCCGACAAGGGCGCAGCGGAGUGCGUGCGGGUGCUUCUGGAGCGAGGCGCCAACUUCACCACCAGAUAUGAGUACGGACAUACGCCGCUGUACUGCGCCAUCAAUGGGCAUUCUCGUUGGUAUAUUCCCUCCCCAUAUUGUCCAGCCAAGCCAAACCGAUCUAUUGACUACCUACAAUGCGUGAAGUUGCUCUGUCACUCUGAAUAUAUUUCCUGUGUACCUCAGAAGGAGAUACAACAGUCGUUUGUUAUCGCCAUUGAAAUGGGUUAUGAAGACAUUGUACUGUACCUUCUCAAUGAGAAGAUUGUGGAUCUUUCGUAUAAGUGCAGUGAUGGAUAUAAUGCCUUGCACAUGGCAACGAACUACUCGAAAAUCGAAUGCAUUCGCGCCCUAGUAAAGGCGGGUUUUGAUGUUAACUGCAGAGAUAAUAGUGGAAGAACCGCACUGCACUUCGUCUACACGGCCGAGUGCGCGCGCGAGCUCAUUCUUCUAGGCGCGGAUGUGUCAGCUCAAGACGAAGACGGGUGGACUGCGGUGCACCGCGCCGCCGACGCAGGCCGUCAUGACGUGAUGCGUGCGCUCGUGGACGCCGGCUGCGGAGUCACGGCGACGACCAACGAGGGCCACACGGCCCUCCACCUGUCCGCGAAAAGGAACAACCUGGCGUGCAUGGCGAUGUUGCUAGAGAUGGGCGUGGACGUCAACGUAACGACUGCGGAAGGAAACACGCCGCUGCAUUGCGCUGCUCAAGGCUGGAGCAUGAGCUGCACGGAGAAGCUGGUAAGCGAAGGGGCGGACGUGUCCGCCAAGAGACCUGCAGGGCUGGACGGCGCUGCACUGGGCGGCGCGCGAAGGGCUGACCGACGGCUGCAGGUACCUGCUGGCCGCGGGGCCUGGGCCUGCAGGAGCGCACGGCGGCGGGGAGACGCCGCUGCACGUGGCCGUGCGGGAGGGCAACGCGCGCUGCGUGGAGGAGCUGUUGCGGCUGCCGCGCGCCGGUGA